UCCCAAGACUUGAAAAGUCCUACUUUUCACAGUUGACUCAGUCUUUGAGUUUGAUAAACGCAGCUUCCAUGAUAUUACUACCUUUUAUUUAUUUCCGUGUGCUUACAGCGGAAGCUUGCCACCUAUCGGAAAACAAAAAAUGUCAUUUCUUGCAACACUAAACCGUGUAGUGGCGGUAGUAUUACUACUACUAAUACUCUCGUACAAAUCUUAUGGUGAUGAACAACAAGAUUCAUGUUCUCAAAGGUGCGGUGUCCAUAACAUCACUCACCCUUUCCGGUUGAAAAACAGUCCCAAACACUGUGGUGACGAAAGGUACAACUUGUCCUGUGAGAACAACAACCAAUUGAUGUUGUACUACAAUUCAGUUGGAAAAUACCACGUUCAAUCAAUUAAUUACAACAACUUCACUAUAAGAUUGUUGGAUUUCAAUUACUCCAAUUAUUCUAUCCUCCAUCCUCUAGGAUCCUAUAAUUUCACUUCCGACAAUACCGAAACCUCGCCGUACCAAGUGUAUGGGGAUCUCUAUAAAUCAUUGGUAAAGCCUAUUUUAUAUCUAAACUGUCCAAAUCGUGUCCAAUAUUCUGAGGAUAUUUAUUUUCCUACCCCUAUCUGUAUCAACAUUAGUGAUUCGUAUCCGCAGCAAAGAAAUUCUUCCUAUGUCAAUUCUAUUAAAUUUGGAUAUGACAAAUCUCUUUCUAGAUUGGGGCUGGAAGACGGGUGUCGUAUAGAGUUUAUGUAUCUCACUUCUUGGGGUUUACAAGAUGGAAACAACAACAUGUCUUGUACGGACAUCCGCAGUAUGAUGCUUUAUGGAUUUGAACUUUCUUGGCUCAACAGUCUUUGUAAAGAUGGAUGGUCUUCAUACCUCGAUGAGAAUGGCCAACAUGGAUGUGAUCAUGACGAAAACUGGAGUUUUCUGGCUUUGGUUGUCAUAGCUAUCUUGAUUUACAUUGGUAUGUUUUUUGGCUGUCUAUUUGGUGUUAAAAUUAUUUUUGGAGUGCCAUCCAUUGUUGUAUUAUUAAUCUACAAAUGGAGACAGAAACAUUUAUCGAUAUAUGAUGGAAUAGAAGAUUUUCUGCAAAGUGACAAUAACAUCAUACCUUUAAGAUACUCUUACAAAGACAUAAAAAAGAUAACAGAAAAAUUCAAAACAAAACUAGGUCAUGGAGGUUAUGGAUCUGUUUUUAAAGGAAAACUUCGAAGUGGUCGUCUUGUAGCAGUCAAAUUAUUGGACAGAGCCAAGUCCAACAAUGGUCAAGAUUUUGUUAAUGAAGUUGUUACCAUAGGUAGGAUUCACCAUGUUAAUGUGGUGCAACUUAUUGGUUUUUGUAUGGAUGGGUCAAAACGUGCUCUUAUAUACGAGUUCAUGCCAAAUGGAUCCCUUGAGAAAUAUAUACAUUCUCAUAUUGAAGAGAGACAUUCCUUAAGUUGUGAAAAAUUGUAUUUCAUUUCUCUUGGAGUGGCUAGAGGCAUUGAUUACUUGCAUAACGGAUGCAAUAUGAAAAUUCUACACUUUGACAUAAAGCCUCAUAACAUACUUCUCGAUGAAAAUUUCAAUCCAAAAGUUUCUGAUUUUGGAUUAGCUAGACUUUAUUCUACAGAUAAAAGUAUUGUGACAUUAACUGCCGCAAGGGGAACCAUUGGAUACAUGGCUCCUGAGCUAUUCUACAGAAAUGUUGGGACAAUAUCUUACAAAGCUGAUGUUUAUAGCUUUGGAAUGUUGUUAAUGGAGAUGGCAAGUAGAAGGAAGAACUUGAAUGCAUUGGCUGAUCAAUCUAGCCAGAUAUAUUUCCCUUUUUGGAUUUAUGAUCAAUUACAUGAUGGAAGGGAAAUAACAACUGAGAAUGACACAGAUCAAGAGAUGAAAUUGGCAAAGAAAAUGAUGAUUGUGGCUUUAUGGUGUAUACAGACAAAACCUGAGGAUCGUCCUUCGAUGAAUAAAGUGUUGGAGAUGCUUGAAGAAGACGAUGAAGAUAUGCAAAUUCCUAGUAAGCCUUACUUUUGCCUACAAGAUCAUCCAGUUGCAGAUGUUAAAGAUGAUGAUAUUGGUAGCUCAUGGACUUCAUAUGGUACAACACUAAGUGAUCCCAAGGAACCCACUUGAUCUCAUUUAGUUUUCAAAUCAAUUACAUGUUUAUAUGUAUCUAGUUUGUUGGUUCUAAGGAUUGGAUAAAUAUAUAUUAAAGGGAUGUAAUACGAUAUAUGCAGGAAUGUUAGUAAAUAAGUAUUUUCUCUUAAUUAUUUAGAAUGAUGAUAGAAAUUAUUGUAAACAUAUCUAUGGAUAUUUUGUUAUGGAUCAAGAAUGCUUUUGAUUUGUAGUGAAAACUCAUAUGUUAAAAGAUUAUAUAUUCUCACUAGAUAUUGAUAGAAAAUCAAUGAACAAAACUUUGACUUGAUCUUGAGUGAGCAUAAAACUAAGAUUGAUCCUUCAUCUAAUGGUCAAAUGCAAAAUAGUGAAGGUGAGGAUGGAUAAUUACCAAGGCAUACUGAGCUU